AAUUCAAACCCACGAUGAGACCUCAAUCGUUUGCUCUGUGUUUGAUUCUGCUUCUGCUUCCUGCUCUCAAUCGACGUUCUCCGGUUUGGCUAGUAGAGUCUGCUGAGCGGUGCAUGCAUCUAUGGGUGCAUGGCUGAGUUGUGGAGAUACACAACGAUUUAAAGCUCACAGCAGCCAGCAUGGGUCGGCGCUCGUCUGACAGUGAGGACGACAGUCGCAGCAGGAGGAAGAGAAAACAGCGUCGCCGUUCAUCCUCCUCCUCUUCUUCGUCUUCAUCCUCGGGCAGCAGGGUGACGAGCAGUCGCAGUCGGAGGUCCAGUCGCAGGAGUCGUUCUCGGUCCAGAGAGAGAAGGAGAAGAAGACGGUCCAGCAGCAGCUCGUCCCACAGUUCAUCUCGCCGGCGAAGGAGUCGAAGUGCAGAAAGAGACAAAGGGCGGAGCCACCGUUCACAUAGGUCACGCAGCCGGGACAGGAGGUCUCAUUCUCGCCACCGGCGGUCUCGCAGUAGAAGCGGCAGCCGGCGUGGGAGCCGCAGCCGCAAAAGGAGCCCCAGCCACAGCAGAGAUCGAGACAGAAGCCGACGCAAAGGCCGUGACCGGGAGAGGGACAAAGAGAAGGAGAGGGACAGAGGAAGAGACAGAGACAAGGACAAGAGUAAAGACAAGGCAGAGAAGAAGGGGGACGCCGGGAACAUCAAAGCCAGAUUAGAACAUCUGACUCCAGCAGAGCAGGCUAAAGUCCGAAUGCAUAUGGUCCUGCAGGCUGCAGCUAAGACCGAUGAAGUGCUGAAGGCCAAAGUAGCCAAGAGAGAGGAGGAGGCCCGAAAGAAACUAGAAGAAGAGGGAACUUCUCUGGAGGAGCAAGUGCGAAGGAUAAAGGACAUUGAGGCCAUUGAGAGUGAUUCCUUUGUUCCUCAGGCUUUCAAAUCAUCCAGGGAUGAUAUAAAGACUGAGUCAGCUGAGGUGAAGCAGGAGUCAGAGAGGCCAUAUUCUCAGGACGUCACUCUUCCCUUGUCCAUAAUCUACAAUGACAGCGACUCACUUGCCCAUCCCAGUUUGUUCAUGGACAAGGAGAAGGCCGAGGAGCUGUGGUUAAACAGACUGGUCUCACUGCGACAGGAGAGGCUCAUGGGAAGUCCUGUGACCUGAAGGACGCUAGAAACCCAGAGGGUCCUUACAGUUCCAGUUUCAGCCUGCAUCUACGCCUCAUUCACUCAGCCAAAUUUCCUUUUACUGUGUCUCAAUCCCUGUUAAGUUAUGUCUGGUUUUAGGACAUUACAUUUCUUAUGUACCCACUUAAAUUGUCUUAACUAUUACACAGACUUGGAGAACUUUAGUAAAUAAAGAAUUUUUGGUUCUGA